AUGUCUCUGCCGUCGCUCAUCUUCUCCCUCCUCUACCUCUACCUAGUCGGCUCCAUAUUCUUCGAUAUAGCCCAUUACCUCCUGCACCAAUGGUCCACGUCCCAAUGGAAGCUCCUCCGAACCCUCUCCCAAUGGCACCAAUACCACCACCUAUACUACAACCGAUCGCUGAAGUUCAACGCACGCUACAAACUCCAAAAUGCCUGGAUCGCCCUACCCCUCGAAAUGUUCUGCCAGGUCCUAGGAAGCAUAUUAGGCUGGGCCUUCAUCCAGGGGUUCCUGGUCAGCGAAGCCCUCGAUAGCAGACCCUUGUAUCUCAUAGUUAUCAUCCAGGUGGUUAGGACCCUUGUGGUGAUUGCUAUGAGCGGCCAGGACUCGAACCAUAUCGCCUAUGACACCGUACCUAAAGACCCGCAUGCCAUCCUUGUCGGCCCUCAAUUCCACGCGUUACAUCACGUCCACCCGGAGAAGUACAUGAGUUCUAUGGUAAAACUGUUCGAUUGGUUUGCAGGAACGGCAUACUCUUUAAGGAAUAAACGAGUCGUGAUGACGGGGGGCUCAGGGGCUUAUGGCCAGGCUAUUGAGAAACAACUGCACGGGGAGAAAGUCCGCAGCGUACAGAAACUUCAAUACGGAAGGGACUGGACGCAUGAUGACUUCUCUAAAACCAGUUCCCUGCUCGAACAAGCCGAUAUUCUCAUACUCGCGCACGGUAGCAAGGGCCCCGACGCUAUGGCUUCGAACUGCACCUCCAGCAUCCAGCUUGCACGGCGUUUCAUAGAAUCGAAGACUAAGACUGGGGAAGGGCGGAAGACACUCCCGGAGAUCUGGUACGUGGGAAGUGAGAUUGAGGUGCAUCCUGCCUGGGGCAUACCGACUCUGCAACGCUAUUCUGCCUCGAAGCGUGCCUUUUUGCCGUUCGCGCGGGCGCUCUACGACGACCCGCGGGUGGUCUAUCGGCAUAUCGUUCCAGCUGCUUUUGAGUCCUCCAUGGGAAAGGCGAUCGUUUCGCCGGAAUGGGCAGCCAGCGUAACGAUGUGGUGGAUUCGACGGGGGGCGAUGUAUGUUCCGGUGACUUACACUGGCCUUGCGUGUUUGAAUUUCUUCAAGUUUAUAUAUUGGGUACGUCCGAGCCGGGAUGGACUCGAAGGCAAAGACACGGUCAAGAUCGAAAAGGAACUUGAAGUUGAGUCUCUGUGA